UUUAAAACGAAAUCAGCCGAAGCCUUCCAGAUAACGCCGAUUUGUAAAGCCACAGAAGUGUCUUUCUUUGGCAGAUUGGGGGCGAGGAAGAAGGGUUGGAGAAUAAGGGGAAGAACAAAUCAUCAUUUAAAUCAGAUUUCACCUUCAUUUCAUUUGACAAUUGCUUCAGUUCGCCUGGAUUACAUAUACACAGAAAUCCAGCCGAAAUGGGCCUUAAAUAUGUGGUGGUCAUUAGCACCCUCCUAUGUUCAGUUUGGUCAUCUACCAUUAAAGCGAAAGAUGAACACCGUACAGCUUUCUUCGGUGAGGAUAUUCAUAUUCCCGUGCCGGCUUUGGAUACAACAAAUGUGACAUUUAUGUCAAGGAUGGAUCCGCAGACCGAGGUUACUUUCCUAGACAAUGGAAAGAUUCAGAAUCAAAGAGUCAAGCUGAAUACUCACGGCAGGCACCUGAUCCUGGAGGAUGUGGGGGAGGAAGAUGAGGGCACGUAUGUGGUGAGGAAUUCUGCGGCACCCGCUGAUGUCAGGCGCAUCAUUCUCAUUGUUAGAGACUGUGCAACAGAGACUGUGGUGAAAUAUGGUGACACAUAUCAUAUCCCGAUCAAUCCUAGCAUCGGUCCAUACAAACUUGAGUUCAGAUCGGCAGGUCAGACUCAAGUUAAUGUGACCACUGAGGAACCGGCCAUACUACUUCUUUACAAAAGUGCCAUCAUCAAUACAAAAGAGUACGAGAACCGUCUCAAAGUCGAGGAGAAGAGGGUUAAUCUUCAUUUGGUUACAGGAGGGGAUGAGGGCAGCUACACCAUCACUGACAGUGACGACAAAGUCAGAAUGAGAACCUGUCUCAAUGUGAAAGAUCACCAGAUCUUCGAGCACUUGAAUUAUGGAGAAACCCUGAUGAUCAAGCUCCACGCACACCACACCAAAGUCCAAAUGGUUUACAUCCCAGACUCUGACCGCAAGGAGCGACUCAUCCUGGAUCAGGGUGAGCUGGUGUUACCUCUUGACCCUGCUUUGGACGGUCGUGUGUCUGUAGAAGAAACAGUGCUGUACUUGAGAAAGGUGAAAGUCAGUGACACGGGUGUCUUUCGACUGAUGGACCUAUCUGGCUUUCGCAUAGCUGACGUCUACCUUCACGUGGAACCUUAUAAGCUGCCGCAACUCUACGUGGCCAUCCUUUCCCUGCUGUCACUGCUUGCAUUUCUACUGUUGGUCUGUCUGGUUUCCUGUCUGAUUAAAGUUCACCAGCGGGAGAAGAGAGCGCGUAAGAUCAUCCUAAUUGCUCAACAGGCUGGCAAGAACGAAGGAGAGACAUUCAGACAGGUGGUUCAUGAAGCGUACACUAGAUUCACAGAGGACUCCACUAUGCAGUCCACAUGGGAGAACAUUACAGAGAGCACUGAAGUUGAGAUCAAAGGUCUUGAGGUAUCCAAACCAGGUCAGUACCAGGCCCUUCAAUCUGACAAGAACUUUUUGGAGAUGAAUGACUCGGGUGCUGAAUUCAACUCCUCCGCAAUACCUCUGGACAGCGACACGGACGUCCCCGACAAUGUCACCUCUCACAAGCCCUUACUUGAGUCUGACACCCUCGCCGGUGUCCCCCCAGCAAUUUCCGAGGGCGACCACAGCUCCACUCGCACCCCUGACUCUGUCCUAAGCGUCAGCCCGGCCACCCAACCCAAAUCUGGGGCUCACACAGAUGUUGUCGACCUUAUUGGAGCAACUGCAGCUGAGGAAACAGCCAGAGCGAAUGAGCUGGAUGCAAAGAUGAGCAAAGAUCCGUCACCACUUUCUGAUAAACCCGCUGCAUUGGAUCCAAGCACAACCUGAGCAUUGCAAUACAAUCAGUCUCACCAAUCAACUCAUCAUAGGUCUCUUAUUUUACAUCAAUGCAUCCACUUUCACCGUAAAACAUCUCACUGUUUGCAUUGCUUAGACUUCCAUUGUGACACCACUUCUGGCUUGGAGUCAUCUGAUGCUAAUCUAAUGGUUUGUCAAAUAAGCAUAAACUGAAAAGAACAAGUCCAAGAGAAGACAGGACACUUACAAAAAAUAAAUAAAACAUGAACGUGGAAGAAAUGGUUAAUGGUCCUGCACUAUGCAUGCAUUUACAUUACUAAAGAGUUGACUUGCUAACAGCCGAGCGCUGGAGUAGAGAGACCAUUUAGUGCAUGCGAAGAGGAAAUAAAAAACCUCACAACACUUUUAAGACACACACAUGGAUAGUAAAUAUUUCAUUUCAAACACUUGAAGAGACUUUUUAACUUUACUAAACCAUGCAACUUUACCUGGAUCUGCUGCACCUGGACUCGGCACCCGUAACAUCCAAAUGCCAAAAUAAUACAUUUUGACAUGCACUUCAUUAAUCAAUUUGAAUGCAGUAUGAGCUCCUUUUGGGAUUUCCAGAAGUCAUCGCCGACUUUAAAGGGCAGUGCUGAUAAUCUUUACCAAUGCUAAACUAAACACCCCACAUGGGUGACAGGUAGCUGAUAUGGUGACUUAUCGUUGUAAAUAGGAUCAUCUGCGAUGAAGGUUUUGGCCCUGGUUUAGAGGAACUCCUGAUGAAACGGCUUGUGUCAGCAGUUGAAGGUGCUGACUCUGCUGGGGAACCUUCACAGUUUGGGAUUUUCAUCUUAUUUUAUUUUCUUCUCAUAUAAUCUUGCUCGUUUAAACACGUUUGAACGGAUUAAAGAUCUGUGGAUGGUUGGAGGUCAGUUAGGGUGACCGUACGUACCAUUUUCCCCAGACAUUUCCUGGCCAGGAUUUCGGGUGUGUCUUAUUGUCAUACCGUAUAUUUUUGUAGCUCCAGAUAUCCCUGCCUUCCUCAAAUGCUUUGAUUUUGUACAAAGCGCAUUGAUUUGAAAAGCUCUGUGUCCCUGAUUGGCCAGUUAGUCUGUAAGUUUGUGAUUGGCCGGAAUACCUCUUACGUCAGCCGGAAAUAUGACGUUCAUUACCAUGUUUGAAAGAUUCGCUCACAAUGCAAUGCUAACAGGAGUUAAAUUACAGGCUGUAAGUCCGAAACGAUAGGAAUUAUGAUAAUGUCAGUCUUGUCCACGUCAACCGGCCCAGGAAGUAAACUGUUGCCUACAAUUUGUGUGUUUGUUGUAGUCCAAAAAAAGAGAUUUACGUUGGAAAUUAUAACUUGCAUCAUCUUUACUUUUUAGGUUUAUACCUUUUGCAUAUCCUUAACAUGUACUAAUACACACUUACACACUAAAGGAAUGUAAAAUCGUGAAUCAGACCAUAGGUGCCCUUUAAACCCCGAUGACGUAUGCAGUCGACCGAAAAUCCUGGCCAGGGAAAAAUCCUGGGUAAAAUGUAUACAUUUUUUAAAAGAUUUCAACAAUAUUACUGAACAAAGGCAUUGACAAGUAAAAAAAGAUUAAGUAUCAAUAGUUUACAGCGAACAGUCAUCAAAAUAUUCUUGCCGUUUGAAAUGCUUCGUCAUUUUCUUUGAAUCCCUUUAAAAGGAAUUUAAAGUUUCAGGAACCUUCUUAGGACACAAUAUAGCUAAUUCAACAACACACAACAUAGAAAAUGCUUUCAUAGAACUUAAUUGUAAGGUUUUGAUCUGAAUAAUAAUUUGACUGAAUGCAUUUAUACUGAGAAAAGAUGACCAUAAUUGUUGCAAUGUUAAAAUGAGUUAGCUAGCCGCAGGAGGGCUUGGCCUGCUGGUAAAAUUGCUACCUCACUGUUUUGACGCACACCGAGAAUUACAAAAUAGACACAGGGUGGUAAAAAAAUUUAAUCGAAAACAACUAAAAGCACAAUUAAGAUUAAAGCCUUGAUAACAUGCCUGAGAAAUUGCAGAUAAUGUUAAUGUAAUGAUUUGCAAAAAUAAUGAAAUUAUUUAAAAAUGAAGAAUCGCUUUCACCCUUUGAUCUUUAAACAGUUUGCUUGUCAGUUUAAAACUACUUAAACGAUUUCAAUUUUGUUUCAAUUAUUGCGUGAACUGGUAUAGGAAUGCUAAACAAUUAAUCACGAUUAAUCGUUAGCAGAAUAAAAGUUUUUGUUUACAUCACAUAUGUGUGUAAACUGUGUAUUAUAAAUAUGUAUAUAUAUAAAUAUGAACACAUUCAUGUAUAAUUUUAAGAAAAAAAAAAUAUAUUAAGUAUUUAUAUUUAUAUAUAAUAUAAAUUAUACAUAAAUAUACAAAUGUAUAUACACACGUAAACAUUUCUAAAACAUAUACAUGCAUGUGUGUACAUUUAUUUAUAAAAAGUUAUUAUACACAGUUCACACACAUAUAUGAUGUAAACAAAAACUUUUAUUCUGCUAACGAUUAAUCGCGAUUAAUCGUUAAGCAUCCCUAAACUGGUAAACAGUUUCAAUAUUGAUGCUAAUAAGAUUUAUGAUCAAGCUUCAAAUAAUCCCUGCAUUUUCACAAUUUUCAAAAGAUGCCCAUUGAUUUAAUUCAGAAAUUCUAGCAUUAAGUUUUAAAUAAUUUUUGUUUUCUUUCAUAGAAUGAAUGUGUAGUUUUUGGGCCUUAUAAAGCAAUAUUAGUGUUGAAACACUACGCAAACACAUAUAUAUAUACACAAACAUAUACAUAUACACACAUAUAUGUGACCCUAUCUGGGAAAUCCAGGUUAAAGUCUUAUAAUCUAACGAUUAGAUUAGGAGCAUCAAAGUUCGAUUGAGUCACAUCAAGGUUAUUAUUUCACAGAAUGUCCUUUACAUUAUGGAGGAAACUGUAAAGUAAACCACAAAAUAAUGACUUUAGUUGGGUUAACACUGGUGUGGUCACAUACAGUAUGUACAAACUGGGUAGGUGCAAUAGUAUGAACAAACAUACACCCAACCACCAGUGGCGGCCGGUGACUUCUUUUUCGAGGGCGAAGCUCGUCACAACAAAGCUCGUCAUGUCAAAAUACGUGACUGCUGCAGACGCUUCAAAGAGGUUUACGAUAAAAGAGACACUCACGUACUCACAUACUCGCUUAUUCAGAGUUUAGUGUUAAGUUAGUGUUUUGCGAGUAUUUUGUGAACGUGAGCGUCUUUUUUAUCAUAAACCCUUUUGACGUGUGUGCAGCAGUCAUGUAUUUUGACAUGAUGCAUAUGGUUUACAUGAUGCAACAAACACAUAUUUUGACAUGACAGUCCAAACACAUAUUCGGAAGAAAAGUCACCGGCCCCCGCUGCCAACCACAUUUAUGUAUAUAAAUAUAUUGCAUGUUAAUGAUUAAUAAUCUUACUAUCCAAUGAUGGAUUCUUAUUUGACAGUGAGCCAUUAUCUUACAUUCACAUCUGUUUCUUCUGCUAAACCAGUUGUCAUGCUUUGACUGCUUUUAAAUUUGCACUUGGGAAUGAUUUUAAUCAGCAAAAUAUACAUUUCACUGAUACUAUAUUGCUACUACUAUUGAUUCAAUAUAUACUCUCUGUUGUAUGCAUUGAUGUCAUACUGUAGAUCUAGUAUAUGAAGAAUUAAAAGAGUUACAUAUGCAUGCUGAACUUGAAAUGAAGCCUGUUAGAAAUGAAAGUUUGUAUCCCUUUACUUUGUCUCUGAUGAGAAGUAUUCUAAAUGCCAGUGUUAAAUUAAAUUAUAAAUAUAUUUAAUUUUGCUAUGUCACAUAUUUACAGGCAAAUGUUUGUGAGCAGUACAUUUCCAGUGCGUAUGGGCAUUUUAAAGCUCAAGCUGUAUAACUCAACCAGCUAAAGGUUGAAAUCAAAUCUAGCUUGUUAAUAAAAGGAAAUGGAUCCUGUUUAUUUCACACCAGACAGGAAAUCUUAUUUCACGGAGGAGAGUUUUUAACAUCGCCUCUGUGCUUGUUAGGUGCAUUACAGAUUACAUUUUUGAACUACCCUUAUUAUAAACGCACCAAUGUAUGGAUUUAAUAUUUUUUCACCCUUUGAAGUAUACAGCAAAUAUAUGCUGCUUGUAAAUACAGUGUAAACUUGAAGUGUAUGUAUUUGAUUGUAAAAAAGCUUUUACCCCUCAUUUUAUUCAACUGUUUCACAUUUACACACUCCAUUUGAUAGUUUAAAUGUGCAUUUACAUUCGGUGAAAGAAACUAAAGUGGCACUUAUCACACAUGUAUAAAGACCUUUGAGUGGUAUGGAAAUAAUAGCAAUACAAAACCAUCCUGAAAGCUUGCUCAGGUGUGACCAAACACAUUAUCCAACAAGCUCAGGAGGAGUGCAUGUUUUUUUCCUAUUCAUUUCUGAUGAUUUGUUCAAUCUUUAAAAUAUGUCUCAUGAAUUGAUCUUCUGACAGCUCACAUUCAAGGAUCCUCAGGAGAAAGGUUUAUCAAAGUUAUUUGUCUCAACAUUUUGUUCCUUUAAAUGAUCAUUGGCAGCCAUCCUGCACUUAUUGAUUCGCAGCCAGAGAAUGGAGACUGAUAGUGAUAUAAAGAGAGAUAUUACCUUGCAUGAGAUAAAUUACUUCAAUGUUAACUAAUGAUAUUAACAAUACUUCAGUCAUGUACAAUGUAUGGUGGAGACGACUGUGUUGGCUAGUGUUACAUUUACAUGUGGUUUCAUAGCUUGUAAAUUGUUUUGACUUCAGGCACAACAUUGAUUUUUUUCUCUGGAAUGAAUGAUGAAAAUAAAGCAAAUUCGACUAUAAA